AUGCCGCAACAGCCCAGUAAGGGUGUGUGUGCAGAAAAUAGAGGCCUCAGCUUCAGGAGCUUCAAAACUAAUCUUCUCUCAAAGUCGCUGCAUUCGUUCUUCCUGUCUCUCUCAGAGAAAAUGAAUUUGGGUAAAAGAUUACUGCAGCGAGUUAUCUCAAAUUAUAAUUAUGGUUUAACUCACUCAUUUCUGCAACAUAAAAAUUAUGGAAUGUUUGUGAGAAAUUAUGGUUCAGGUUAUUACAUAACGAAACUGGAGAGGUUUGUGAGGGAGGAGUGUAAGUCUGGAAAGAUUCAGAAACUUGAGGAUGGAUGGAAAUACUUUGAUCAACUGAUUCUCGAAAGGGCGUUGCCAUCUAAUGAACAAGUGAAGUACGGGUUUUGUUUGCUUGGAGAGAUGUUAAAGAGAGGUUAUCAGCCGGAUGUUAUCACUUUCACUACACUCAUUAAGGGGUUGUGUCUUCAAGAAAAGAUUGAUUUUGCAGUCAUAAUGUUCGACAGAAUGACUCAAACGGGUAUUCAACCUGAUGCAUAUACAUGUAAUAUCUGGGCUCUGAGGUUAGUUGAUCAAGCUUUGGUUCUCUUCUCCGAAAUGCUUAGAGAUUCAAAUGUUGUACCCACUGUAAUCGCUUACAAUUCUUUGGUCAAUGGACUUUGCAGUUCAGGCCGGUUGAACGAGGCAAAGAGAGUCUUUGACGAGAUGCAUGGUCAAUGGGAAGAAGCAAGAAGAUAUUUUGAUGCGAUGCUGGAUCGGGGGGUUUCACCAGAUACAAUAACCUUUAAUAUAUUGAUAGAUUCACAUUGUAAAGAUGGGAUGACGGAAGAUGCUUGGGGAUUAUUUAAACUGAUGGACAAGUUAAAUAUAAAACCUGAUCGGAUUACUUACGACUCAAUGAUCGACGGUCUAUGUUUGACAGGUCGACUGCCAGAGGCGUUGCAAUAUAUUAAUGAAUGGGUAUUGCAAGGGAUGCAAGUUGGACCUGUGCAGCUAUUCAAUAAGAUGAAACAAAAUGGAUUAGAACCCACAAUAGUUACUUACAAUACUCUUUUAAGGGGGCUAUACGGAGAUGGAAGAGUUAGAACAGCAAAUAAUUUGGUUAACAAGAUGAAAACUUUUGGUAUAUCUCCUGAUGAAGUUACAUACAGUACAAUGUUGGAUGGACUCUGCAAGAAUAGAAAAAUUGGCGAAGCGAUAGAACUGUUUGAAUCCAUGGAGGGUAGAGGUAUCUCAGCUAAUAUUGGCAUGUAUAGUAUUCUUAUUUGCGGUUAUUGUAAGGCCGGCAAGUUGGAAGAUGCAAGAAAACUGUUUAAUGAAAUUUCAAGUAAAGGAUUAGCGCCUGAUGUAGUAACGUAUACCACAAUGAUCGAUGGCUUCCUUCGAAGGAAGAUGUUAUCUGCAGCUAACAAAUUAAUCAUCGAAAUGGAAGAGAAGGGUUGCUUACCAGACGCUAGAACAUAUGAUACCAUCAUUAAGGGGUUUUUUAUAGCAAAAGAGACUGACAAGGCACUGCAUUAUCUUGUCAAAAUGCGUGAAAAAGAAUUUGUACCGUGUGAUUCUGUUGUUUCUUUGUUAACAAAUGAGCUAAAAAAUUUGUAGUGUUUUUUUCAUGUGAAACCACACAAUUGUUGAGGUAGCAUGGAUUAUCUGAAUCAGUUAUUAAAAUAUUUGGCUGAAUGUAUGGUUGAUUCAAUACGGUAACUAAUGCUUGCAAUGUGUUCAGAAAUUACUCUAAUGUAUUCCAAGCUGCUGAGUGGUUAGAAAUGUAGCUGGAAGAGAAUGCAGAUUUCUUUCAGGUGGCAUCAUGUCGGCAAGAGAAGCUUAAUAAGGUGUGAGGAAACAGGGCAAAGAGGUAGAUGUUGCGGGCCUACUAAAGAUUUAAAUUUGAAGCUUAAGAAGCUACUUACUUGACAGUAUGUGCCACUCUUACUGUAGUAUUAUAUAACUGUUUGCUUCUCAUCAUUUGAUCUUGAGCCCUUCUUGGUACAUCGUAUGACAGGAAGCAAGGUAACAAUUAUGUUUGAAGGUUCUAUAGCAGCAAAACUCAGUAACAGAAGUAUUACCAAAGACAGGUCCAAGAUGGUGAAGUUUACCAGUACUAUCUGGCCGGUUAGGGUUGAACUCUUGGCAACUUUUAUGAAAGUUUUAUGGAACCAAAGACCAUGGACCUAGUUCAAGUUUCAUUAGAAGUUUAAAGUUUUAGAUCUUGAUAACCCAAAAUCUGCUAUAGUAGAACUGCAUACCAAAUUAAUCUGACAGAUGAU